AUGACACUUGACCAACUCCUAAAACCCUCCAGACAGUCGUUGCGGGCGACGAUGUCUAAGAAUAGGCGCAGCGAGAUUACUCUUCUUCCCCCCCCCGGUCUAGGCUCAUCCCGCGACAUUACGGUGCCAACCCCUGAUCCGCCCAAAUCUAGCGCCUCUGGGCACAGCGUCCGCCUGGCUCAAGGCUGGUUGUUCGGCACGAGAGUUGGCGCAGAACUGCCAAAACAGACCAUUUAG